GGGGAUGUGUCCGCCCCCCGGCCCGGCCCGACUGUGCCCCUGACCGCCCCUCCCCCCGGACCCCCGCCCGCGCCGGCCCUCGGCCGUCGGAGCCCCGACCAUGUCCAAGAUGCCGGCCAAGAAGAAGAGCUGCUUCCAGAUCACCAGUGUCACCACGGCGCAGGUGGCGAGCAGUAUCACGGAGGACACGGAGAGCCUGGACGACCCAGACGAGUCCCACACCGAAGACGUGUCGUCCGAAAUCUUCGACGUCUCUCGAGCCACCGACUACGGCCCGGAGGAGGUGUGUGAGCGCAGCUCGUCCGAGGAGACCCUCAACAACGUGGGCGACGCCGAGACCCCCGGCACCGUUUCGCCCAACCUUCUCCUGGACGGGCAGUUGGCCGCCGCGGCCGCGGCCGGGGGAGGCCCCGCCAGCGGGGGCGCGGCUGUUAAUCCCCGGAACGCGGCCGGCCCCCCGCCGGGCGCCCCCCACGCGUCCGCGUCGGCUGCGGGGCUGGUGAGUGGCGCCGGGGCACAGACCCCCGCCACCUGCAGUUCGCGCUUUCGGGUCAUCAAGCUGGACCACGGCUCGGGCGAGCCGUACCGCCGCGGCCGGUGGACGUGCAUGGAGUACUACGACCGGGACUCGGACGGCGGCGUGCUCACCAGGACCGGAGACUGCAUCCGGCACAGCACCUCCGCCUUCGAGCCCGGCGCCGAGCGGGACAGCGGCCUGGGCGCCACGAGCGGCUCGGUGGUGGUCUCGGCCGCGCCGACCACGCAGAGCUCGGACCCUGGCGGGGACGGCUCGGCGGCGCUGCCAGCCGACAAGGGCCACCCCCCGCCCGCGCCCCCUGCGCAGCAUUUGGCGUCCCCGAGCCCGGCCCCGCUCUACCCCGCGGCCACCAACGGCAAGGGCUCGCAGCAGGUGCAGCCCCCCGCGGCGGCCGGAACCCCGCCGCAGCCUUUCGCCACCUACGGCCAGCCCGCCGGGCCCCCGCAGCCGGGCCAGCCCGACUACGGGCCGCACGUGGCGGCCCUGCAGCCCCCGGCCUCCGGCAGUGGCCCCGAGGCGGCCGCGCAGCCCCCCAAGGCCGGCACUCCGCUCGCCGCUUCGGUCCCCCUGACCCAACCCCAGGCGAGCGGCGGCCGCGGUGCCGGCGGGCCCCCGGCACAGGGCCCGUCCAGCGGGCCGGCCAGCCUGGCCCAGGCCCUCCCGGGCGCGUUUCAGACUCAGCCCCAGCCUCUGGCCGGACCGGCCGACGAGACCCGAAGGAAAUCGGAACCCCUACCUCAACCGCCGCUCUCUCUCCUCGCCGAAAGCAAGCCUCCGGUGAAGGCGCCGCUCCCGGACGCCCUGGCCGGCACCCCGAUGAACAGCCUGGCCAGCACCGUCUUCGGGAUCUCCAUUCCUGUGGAUGGCGACGAGGACAGGAAUCCUUCAACUGCUUUCUACCAAGCGUUCCAUUUGAACAAGUUACAGGAAUCAAAGACCCUCUGGGAUAGUGCAUCUGGGGCAAGCGUUGUAGCCAUUGACAACAAAAUAGAGCAGGCGAUGGAUCUGGUGAAAAGCCAUCUGAUGUAUGCAGUAAGAGAAGAAGUGGAAGUUCUGAAGGAACAAAUAAAAGAAUUAGUUGAAAGAAACUCUUUACUUGAACGGGAGAACGCACUGUUAAAAUCUCUUUCAAACAACGAUCAAUUAUCCCAACUCUCAACCCAACAGGCCAACCCUAGUAGCACUUCUCAGCAGCAAACAGUGAUAGCACAGCCUCCGCAGCCAACGCAACCUCCUCAGCAGCCGAAUGUGUCCUCAGCGUAACGCUUCCUCGCCUCACGAAGACGGCCUUGACAGCAGUCUGUCCUUGUGUGCCACUGGUGUUCUCUCCACUCUGUACGAGCAAGUAGCCACGCUUGGGGGGGGUGUUUGGCCUUUUCAGUAUUAGACAAUCAUUCUCCAAGAGCUAGUCCUCGCUUUGAGACGUCAUGCCGCACAGUCAGGGUCCACUUGUCUGUCACCGGACACGAGGAAACUCCCGAAGGAGGAGAGGAGGGUUAGUGAGGCCGGGGUUGGCCUGGGGUCUGGUGCGCAUGAGCGGGCGGGGUCUGUCCGAGCUGUGGGGGCGCUCAGUCUCAUUGUCCAUGGAUUACCUUGAGCCUUCCUAUCUUGUUAUAAGUAACCAUUCAUCGAAAGAGCCACCAUUCUUUCAAUAUAAGUAACAUUUGCCUACAUUAGUUUUCAUUUCUUUGUGUUUUAUUUAUUACAGGGCUGCUAUUUUCAUAAUGUACAUGAACAAUGUCACAGAACUUUUUCUUAAUUUUUUAAAAAAAAUAAAUGUAAGUAUCAGUAAAGGAAUUGAUAGACGGGAUUGCAUUUACUAGAUAAAACGUUUAGGCAAUAAUUGAACAAAAGAAUCCUGGCAUAUUUCUAACACUAAUGGCAAUUUAUCUUUGGUAUUUAUUUUCAGUAGUAAAGACCCAGCUUGAAUGUAAAUUUUUGUAUAGUGUAAGUAUGAAGACCAUAGUGCAUCUGUACAGGUAGUCACCAGUUAUUGUGAUAUAAUAAAUAAUUGAUGGGCUAUUUUGAUGAAGAAAACUUUGCUCAUUUCUUGUUUCUACUUUCUCUAGAGAAAUUGCCAUGAUUCCUCUGCUUUUCAACAUUUCGUAUGACUUUUUUUUUUUUUUUUUUUUUUUUUUGGGUGGGAAUAAAAAGCUGUGAAAUUGUUCAACCUACUUUGUAACCAAAGAAGCAAAGCUGUGUAAUGGAGUUUUUUUUUUUUUUUUAUAAUGCACAUUCUUUAUGUAUUUUUAUUUAGUGUUUUCUCAUUCACAAUUUUCUUUGCUGUCUAGCAUGAUCUGCAUGACCUGUAAUCUUUGAACCACUUUCGUACCUCAUGUUUUUAUCCAGCACUCUUAUUGUAAUAUGUAUUAGUCUGUGAACAAUGUCAAAUAAAAAGAACGAACAGCUGGUGUGGGUGGAGCUGAGCUAGUGUACUAUGCACUAGGAGAAAAUGAAGUGAGCCAUCUUUUGUUCAUUUAAAAUGGUGUUUUGAAUUUCGUAUGCAGAAAACGUUUUGUUACAUUGCAGAUUUUAAUGUAUUUAAUAAAUGCAACAUGCAGAUUAAGUGCAGUGUAUACUGAGUAUUUAAAUUAAAAAUGUACAUUUCAUAAAAUACAGUUUCGAGAGAAAGCAUCAUUUUGUGUAUACUAACACAUUAAGUCUAUGUCAGAAAUUGAUGUAUAAAUAUAUAUAUAUAUUUUAACACUUUUUCUGAAAUUAAACUGCAGUUUUGUUGAAA